AUGCGAAUGGAUGACGCGGGAGUUCUAAGGAAGCUACAACUUCAAGAGUUAGAGAAAAUCAGAAACAACGCAUACGAGAGCUCCAAGAUCUAUAAGGAGCAGACCAAGGCUUUCCACAACAAGAUCAUCUCUCGGAAAGAGUUUGUGGUUGGACAAAAGGUUUUACUCUUUCAUUCAUGCCUAAAGCUGUUUCCCGGUAAGCUUAGAUCACGGUGGGUUGGUCCUUUCAUAGUUGUUAAGGUUUAUGCUCAUGGAGCAGUCGAUAUUGAAAGCCCGAAAACAGGUAAGUCGUUUAAGGUGAACGGGCAUAGACUGGAACCUUUUUAUGAAGGGUUUCAGUCUACGGACAUUGAUGUUAUGGCUCUUGAGCCACCGCUCGUUGUUAGUUAG